AUGGCAAACAAACUGACGAUCAGCCGCUUCCCGCAAGUGCACGCGCUGUACAUCAAGUACUGCGGCACGCAUAACGCGAGGUCUACAGCUCACAGAGCCACUAGUAGGUAUAUCUAUAAUAAUAAAUUGUCAGGGUAUUUUUUUGCAGAUAAACACGAGCAGGAGUACGAACAACGCCAGGCUUCAGAUCUCGACGAGUCACAAGAACGUAUAGCUGAUCACAUGCAGCAGAUAUUUAAUGAUAAUAUUUUUCUCGAUGAUAGCACGCCAGAGUCGGAGCAAGAGCUACCACGGACUAAAAUAACAUUGCCUGCAAGGCGAAUCUCGGAAACGACAUCAGAGUCAGAGUCGUCAUUAUUCGGCAGCGACUUUUCUGAUAACGAUCCUACGUACCAUCCAGACGAAGAGGACCAGCAGCGGUCUCCUGGCAACCACAGCGAUGAUGAUGGUGGUUUAAUUACGUUGCAGGACUUAUUAGGCCCCAAUGCUAAGGAAAACAUUGAAUCUUUUACUAUAUCACCAGAGCCAGACACCAUUCACCAAUAUGAAGAGAUAAAUAAUGACACAGUCUCUGACAUUGCUACUCUAAUAUUAUCAGAUGUGUUAGAGUUGGUUUGGGCAGAAGUGAAAACAUUAAGCCGUUGGCGAACUGCCGAUCCGAGCAAUUGGAAAAAAAAUGUCGCAAAAAAGAGACGUGCGGAAGGGUUGUCGUAUACAACUAAUAACCAAAUAAGAGCCCCCAAAGUCCCUAAGACAGUUGAUUGUACAAAAUGCUUAUUCAAAUGUACAGAUACAUUCACCGAACAAGACCGAGCGAAAAUUUGUAGAACCUACUGGCAUUUGGACUUUGUAAGCAAAAAAAACUUUAUACUGGCUCGUAUUACAGUCCAGCCACCAAAGAAAAUCCUGGUAGAGAGAAAACGACCAGCUAGACCUUACACUACAAAGUGUUAUUUUGAUUUAGGCACAGAGAAGCGACAAGUUUGUCAGAAAUUCUUUUGCUCUGCUUUAGGCAUCUCACGUGCAACACUCAGUGACGCUGUUAAAAACCGAGAUGAACUUGGAUUUUACUCCGGUGCUGAUGGACGAGGACAUCAUGUUCCGCCAAAUAAAACUCCCCCAGAAAAGGUGCAAGAAGUACUUGACCACAUUUCUUCCUUUCCUACAAUGGAGGGACAUUAUAUUCGUAAAAAAUCUAAACGUAAAUAUUUGGAAAGCACACUUUCAGUGAAUAAAAUGCAUGAACUUUAUUUGCUAGAGUAUGAAAACAACAAUCCUGUGUCUGCAAUAACUUAUCGCAGAAUUUUCUCGACUCAGUUCAACUUGAGUUUCUUUGUCCCAAAAAAAGACCAGUGUCAGGCAUGUAACAAGUACACCUCAGCACAAGAUAAAGAUAAAGCUGAUCUGGAAACGACCUAUAGCGAGCACAUACAAAGAAAAGUUGCAUGCGAGGCUGAAAAAGAAAGAGACAAACAAAGAGCAGGGACCGAUCCAACCUUUUUAUCUGUGUCUUUUGAUUUGCAAGCUAUAUUACAAAUACCAUGUUCAAAAGUUGGCUUGCUUUAUUACGUGCGUAAACUGACCGUAUACAAUUUGACCGUGUAUGAGAGUGCCUUACCCAACAAUGCCUUUUGCUUUUCCUGGUCCGAAGUAGACAUGUGCGCCGCGCCGCCGCGCCGCCGCCGCCGACGAUUUUUCCACGCCGCCGCCGCCGAUAAAUUUGACCGGCGUAUAAUCGGCGUGGGAAAUUUUGAUACCUAA